AGCGUUUCGUUUUGUGUUUUUUUUUGACGUCAUCUGUCACGGAGCUACUAAGAUUUCUACAGAGCAUUCUGUGUGUGCACCACACACACCACACUCCUGUGUACAAGGGCUCCGAGUUCCGCACGCCACAGCAUCACAGACAACGAUCUCCUAACAGGACCUACCAUGGAUGUUUGUGCAUUAUCAAAAGGAAGGAAAUUGGUUCACCUGGAUUUAAAAGGGGCACCUCCCCGAAUUAACUACUUAUAUGAGCUGAUCCAGCUUUUUGCUGAUCUUGGUGCAAAUGGCAUUCUUAUUGAGUAUGAAGAUAUGUUUCCCUAUGAAGGUGAGCUGCAGAUUCUUCAGUCAAAAUCUCAUCCACCCUACAGCCGUGAAGAAAUUGGUGCCAUUCAAGAUGUUGCUUGUUCUAGAGGGCUAGAGAUUAUUCCUCUGGUGCAGACAUUUGGACACCUUGAAUUCGUCCUGAAGCAUAGCACCUUUAGCAAGUUCCGAGAAGUAAACCACUGCCUGGGGACCCUCAACCCUCAUAGCAAGCAGGGACUUACUCUUAUACUGGAGAUGCUGCAUCAGGUUAUGAGCCUUCAUCCGAGGAGCACCGCUCUGCAUAUCGGGGCUGAUGAGGUGUACAUGCUGGGUGAGGGGGAGGAGUCUAAAGAGUGGUUAAGCAUUCCAGGGCACAGUACUGACAAGCUGUUCCUCAGUCAUGUCUCUAAGGUGGCAAAAAGCAUAAAGGAGCUGUACCCCAGACUCAAUGUGAUAAUGUGGGACGACAUGCUAAGGAACAUGACCUCUGACACCAUUAAAGAUAGUGGUCUAGUUGGACUAGUGCAACCCAUGCUGUGGGACUAUAGACCUACUUUGGACGUGGCCCACACUAUUAUGCUCAUGGAGAAAUACCAUGCUGCUGGUUUAUCCCAACAGUGGAUUGCUAGUUCUUUCAAAGGCUCCACCACUGUAUACACUUGUGUAACCAGCACACAAAGGCAUGUGGACAAUCAUCUUCAGUGGUUAGAAGUGGUAUCUGGUCUUUCACCUGGUGUUGAUCUACAGGGAAUUGCACUCACUGGCUGGCAAAGAUAUGACCACCUUUCUGUUUUGUGUGAAUUGUUGCCCCUGGGCUUGCACUCUCUUGCUUUAUGUCUGCAAAUUCUGCAAUAUGGAGGCCUUACUCAGGAAGCUCAGAACAAGGUGAUGGAGGCACUUGGCACAGGCACAGUUGAAGUUGGAGAUAUAGAAAGAUUGUCUCAAAGUGGUUCCCGCUCGUUUACUGGAAUCAAACUAGCUGAACUCAUUGUACAGCUAACAACAAUGCUUGACUCUGAAGAUCUCCGACACUUUGAGAGCAAUAUGUUUGUGAGAGGCUGGUUCUCUCCUUAUCACAGACAGAAUAAGACGGUCAACCCACUUGUUGCGCAACAGAUACAGGACCAGGCACAAAAGUUUCUGGAUACUGUGGAGUUCAAGGUGCAGGAGGUGAGGCAGGAAAUGACCCUUCUUUACCCAGACUCAACAGUAGAGGAGUGGGUUACUCAGCAUGUGACUCCAGUACUGAAGCCCAUUCAGGAUGUACUGACCAAUAUCCAAACUGCCCUGGAGGAUAUGGGACUUUACAUUAGUGAAUCUUAAAGUGGACUUUAGGUUUCAUUAAAAAAACAACAACAAAGUAGAUCAGUUUCAAAGAGAAUAGAAUAAGAAGCACAGUUGUUGUGGCUGAUGUUUUAUGUCAUAUUGCAAUUAUAUGUAUAUAAUGAACUGGUAUACAACUUAAUUGUCAAAUGUGUUUUCAUUUAUUAUUUGAACCUCAUUACUGUGGUUAGGGUUAUUUUUGGAGGUGAUUGGUUCUUAUCAAAUCUACAGUUUGUCUUCUGCUAGAAACAAAUACUUAAUAUACUGUACACCUUUAUAUUAACUAAUUCAUAUACACAGUACAUCUGUGAGUUUAUUGCAUAAAUAUGAAUAAUUUUUAUAUAAAAUAAACAUUUGCCUGUUUAGAAUAAUAUUGUAUUUAGCAGACUUGGAAGUGUUAAAAACCCAGCUCGGUCUGAUUCACUGCACAAACAAUUAUUUAUCAACUUAGUUUGUUUGACUUGAUCAAUAAAUGUUUG